AAGAAUAUUAAUACCUAGUUUAAAGUAAAUUAAUGUUUUUAUAUUAAGUGAAGAAAAGACAAACCUUUUCGAACCAAUUUAUAUUCAAUAUUUCUAUACAAAACAUAUCAUAUUAAAUUAAUAAGAAGAAAAGUUCUGAUAAGAAGUUCUUUGUUUGGAUUCGUGUUUAUAUAUUUGUCAUCUUUGAACGAUAACAGAAGUGUGAAGGAAUAAAUAAAAUUGAAAAGUUAUUCAGACUCAGAUGUUCAAGUGUGCUUUAUUGAAAAACAUUUCAUCUCAUCAAAAUAAAAAAAAUAGUUUUGGCUGUGCUUUAAACCAACAUAUAAAUGAUAAUAAAAUAUAAGAGCAGGAAAUUAAAAAAAGAAAGUCAUUACUUCUGCUACGAGCAACGAAAAAUUGAAACGUUUUUGUAAAAGUUAUAACACGAAAACAAAAAAUUGUAUCGAUUAAAAGAUUCAUAUACUUAAAUAUUUCUUCUUUGUAAAAUUUUCAAAUCAACUUUAUGUAAGUUCAGCAGAAAAAAAUGAUUAUGAAGUUGCACAGUGUAUCUGUGGUCGUAAUUUUGAUCUUAGCAGUUAAUUUAGUUAACGCCUUAGAAAAUGGUCUUGCGAGAACUCCACCAAUGGGUUGGUUAUCGUGGGAAAGAUUUCGAUGCAAUACAGACUGCGAAAAUGAUCCCGACAAUUGUAUAAGCGAAAACUUGUUUCGUACAAUGACCGAUCUGGUGGUGUCUGAAGGUUACGCAGCUGCUGGAUAUGAGUACAUUAACGUUGAUGAUUGUUGGUUGGAAAAAAACCGUGGACCAAAUAAUGAGUUAGUUGCAGAUAGAAGACGUUUCCCAAGCGGAAUGCGUGCUUUAGCUGACUAUGUACAUGCAAAAGGAUUGAAAUUUGGUAUUUAUGAAGAUUAUGGAAAUUACACUUGUGCUGGUUAUCCGGGCAUUUUGGGAUAUUCAAAGCAAGACGCUCGGCAAUUUGCGAGUUGGGAUGUUGACUACGUUAAAUUGGACGGUUGUUAUUCAUUACCAACUGACAUGGAUAUUGGAUAUCCUGAAUUUGGAAGACAUUUGAAUGGGACUGGACGUGCAAUGGUUUAUUCUUGUAGUUGGCCAGUUUAUCAAAUUUAUGCCGGUAUAAGCCCAAAUUUUUCAUCAAUCAUUGAACAUUGCAACUUGUGGCGAAACUUUGAUGAUAUUCAAGAUUCGUGGGCGUCACUUGAGAGUAUAAUCGAUUACUAUGGAAAUAAUCAAGACUACAUCAUACCAAAUGCUGGACCUGGUCACUGGAACGACCCCGACAUGUUAAUCAUCGGUAACUUUGGCUUAAGCUACGAACAAUCAAAGACUCAAAUGGCGUUGUGGGCAAUUUUAGCUGCACCGCUUUUGAUGUCGGUCGACUUACGUUCAAUUCGACCUGAGUACAAAGCAAUUUUACAAAACAAAAAGAUUAUUGCAGUUGAUCAAGAUCCGUUGGGCAUUCAGGGAAGAAGAAUUUAUAAGCACAAAGGAAUUGAAAUAUGGAGUCGUCCAAUUACACCAAUAUAUCAGACUUAUUAUUCAUAUGCUGUUGCGUUCGUCAAUCGUCGAACAGAUGGAACGCCUUCUGAUGUUGCUGUUACAUUGAGAGAGUUGGGAUUACAAUCGCCAACGGGUUAUCGUGUUGAAGAUUUGUAUGAAGAUGUUGAUUAUGGUAUUUUGUCACCAAGUACAAAGAUUAAGGUCAAAGUGAAUCCAUCAGGUGUCGUGAUUUUGCGUGCUGAUGUACAACCCGAGAGAUUUUCAAAGCGACCAUUCAAUCCUUACUACUAUCGUUACAAUCAAAACUAAGUAACUCGCGCUCUCCUUUACUCUCAUCUUCUUUUCCUUUGUAUUUAAUUAAAUUUUCUUCCAUUUUAUUAAAGAAAAAUUUAGCUUUUAAGCUUUAAAAAACAACAUUAAAUUGCUUGUAAAUGUGUGCCAGCUGAAUUUUUUUAAAUAACAUAAAUUUAAUUUAAAUUAAUUUUUUUUCGUUUUGAUUUUAAUAAUAAAUGAUUAUAAAGUAAAGUAAUAAAUAAUUUAUUUCUAUCAAAAAAGAGAAUAAAAUCUGUUUAUGGUGAGAUUAUUU